AGAAGAACGUUAAGCAUCUCAAUCCAGUGGAGUGGUGCAGGGUUAAACGUGGUGAAUGUGGCUCUUAGAUGAGAAACAACAAGCUGUCUGAGGGUUUUUGGGGGAAUUCUGGAUAUUCGGUUUAGGAGGAGAUCACUAUUGAACACUACUGUGGUCCGAGAUUCCGAAGUGACGUCAGAGGAGCCGCCUAGGAAGCACCUGAACAGGUCAGCAGCAUCAUGGCGAGCCCGGAGGUCAACACAGACAAGAAGUGUUCUCACGAUGACGCCUGUGUGAGUUUUCUGACUGAAGAUCAGCUCGACUCCAUCAGAAAGAACAUUGAAGAACGUGCGUUUUUCGUGGUGCAUUACCUGAACGAUCUGAAGGAAAGGGGCUUGUCUCCGCUGCUUCAUAACACGCCCAUCACCUGCAGAGUGGAGAACACUGAGAGAUAUACCACUCGCUCCAAGGUACGUGUUUGUUCUCUGUAUACGGUGCGCCUGACCCAUGGCGACUUCACCUGGACCAUCAAGAGGAAGUAUAAGCAUUUCCAUGACCUGCAUAGAGACCUGUACAAGCACAAGAUGAUGCUGCAGUUCCUCCCGCUCGGGAGGUUUGCCAUUCAGAGGCAGCAGCUGGAGAGCAUGACCGAGGAGAUGCCCUCUCUGCACGGCACCGAGAGAAUGGGCAGGACCUCCAGCAAACCGAAAUACCUGGAAGAAUACCUAAACAACCUUCUGGAGAACUCCUUCUGCAAAAACUACAGUGGCAUGAUGGAGUUCCUCAGCAUCAGCCCUCUGUCCUUUAUAAAAGAUCUUGGACCCAAAGGCCUGGAGGGAUUUAUUUUGAAGAGGUCAGGAGGUCACCGGAUCCAAGGCAUCAACUGCUUCGGCCACCAUCAGUUCUGUUUCCGCUGGUCGCAACGCUGGCUUGUGGUCAAGGACUCGUUUCUGCUUUACAUGUCCAGAGAACGAGGUGUGGUGUCCUUCGUGCUGCUCUUCGACCCCGAGCUGAAAGUUCUGGUGGACCGCAGCUACACGGACACGAAACACGGAGUGUGCAUCGAGAACGUCAGCAGGAAGCUGAUCAUUAAGUGUAAUAGCUACAGGCAGGCCCAAUGGUGGAGUCAUGAGAUACAGCGUCUGUCUGAACAUUGCGAUUUCCUCAAGACUCACCGCUUCGACGGCUUCGCCCCUCCCAGACCCAACUCCCUCACCAAAUGGUACGUGAACGGGAGUGGGUAUUUCUCAGACCUGGCGGACGCACUGGAGAAGGCGGAGGAGGAGAUCUUCAUCACUGAUUGGUGGUUAAGUCCCGAGGUUUACCUCAAGCGUCCAGCAAGGGGGACGUACUGGCGUCUGGACCAGAUCCUCAAACGCAAAGCCGAGCAAGGUGUGAAGGUGUGUGUGCUGUUGUAUAAAGAGCUCGAGCUGGCCCUGGGCAUUAACAGCGAGUACAGUAAGAGGACCCUCAUGGACCUGCACCCAAAUAUCAAGGUUAUGCGUCAUCCCGACCACGUGGCCUCCGUCAUCUUCCUGUGGGCCCACCAUGAGAAGAUGGUGGCCAUCGACCAAUCGGUGGCCUUCGUGGGCGGGCUGGACCUUGCCUUCGGGAGAUGGGACGACAGUAAUUACAGGUUGUUUGACGUCAUGGAAUCGCAAACAGCCAAUCACAGUGCACGCUCAGUUCCGGAGACUGAAGGGGAGGAUGUUCCUCUUGCUGGCGGAGAGGCUGGAGAAGCUUGCGAUGAGGUGGAUUUGAGCUGUAACAUGCUGUUAUGGUUGGGAAAAGACUAUAGCAACUUCAUCCAGAAGGACUGGACACAGCUGGACCAGCCUUUCCAAGACAACGUGGACCGGACGCACGUGCCUCGCAUCCCGUGGCGCGACCUCGGAGUGGCGGUUCAUGGGAAGGCAGCCAGGGACCUGGCACGCCACUUUAUCCAGCGCUGGAACUUCACUAAGAAUUUUAAGAAAAAGUAUAAAGCCACAUUUUACCCGUACCUGCUGCCCAAGAGUCACACUACUGCCGAUGAGCUUCCUUUCACCGUGCCUGGAACGGCCAAAGCAUCUGUACAGGUGCUUCGCUCGGUGGAUCACUGGUCAGCCGGGACAUGCGAAUGUUCCAUCCAUAAAGCAUAUGUAGACAUCAUUGAGAACAGCCAGCACUACAUUUAUAUAGAGAAUCAGUUCUUCAUUAGCUGUGGUGAGUCUGUUAAAAACAGCAACAGCAUAGGAGACGCUAUUGUCAAGAGGAUCCUGCAGGCACACAGUGAGAAGCAGAAGUACAGAGUGUUUGUGGUGAUUCCUCUCCUGCCUGGAUUUGAGGGAGACAUCAGUGAGGGAGGAGGCAACGCCAUCCGGGCUAUACUGCACUUUACAUACAGGACAAUCAAUCGUGGCAAGAACUCUAUUCUAUCCCGCCUCAAGGAACAGAUGCAGGACGAAUGGACGCAGUACAUCUCUCUGUGUGGCGUGCGCACGCACUCCGAGCUCGGCCACACACCCAUCUCUGAGCUCAUCUACGUCCACAGCAAGGCGCUGAUCGCCGACGACCGCCGCUACAUCAUUGGUUCGGCCAACAUUAACGACAGGAGCAUGAUGGGAUAUCGGGACAGUGAGCUGGCCGUGCUGGUGGAGGACGAGGAGAGGGUUCCGUCCCGAAUGAACGGAGAAGAGUAUGAAGCUGGGCCUCUCGCGCUCGCUCUGCGGAAGGAGUGCUUCAGGGUCCUGCUGGGGGCCGAUUCCGACCCCGCAGUAGAUAUCGACGACCCAGUCAGCGAUAAUUUCUUCACCGAGGUGUGGAACAAUAUUGCCCGUUCAAAUGCCUCCGUCUAUGAAAGGGUUUUCCGGUGCCUUCCAUCAGACUCGAUCCACAACCUGCGCGAGCUGCAGGAACACGUCAGCACGGUCGCUUUGGCCCAGAACGACCCGGAGACGGCGGCCGAGGAGGUGCGCGCCAUCCGCGGCAUCCUCGUCCACUUCCCCCUGCACUUCCUGUGCGAGGAGAAUCUGCUUCCUCCAGCCGUCAGCAAAGAGGGGAUGGUUCCUCUGGACGUCUGGACAUAGCGGUCUAGCGGACCGCAAAACACCCCCCCACCCCCCACCCCAUAAAUAAAUAAAUAAAUAACACAGACACUAAUCCGGACACUAAUAUUUGCUCUGUAAUCGCCAUUUUGGCGAGAUAGUGGACCAAAGUGUUUCCUGUCUGUGGUAAUGUGCUGGAGGAUCUGGCUUGGCGGUCGGAAAGCGAUUAGCCGAACUGAACUGAAGUGUAGUGACUCAUGUGUCUCUCUGCGGGAGCAAGAGGAAGUGUUUGAGCACUCUCCUGCAGAGGAUUUCGUUCAAAAUGGCUCGGUGGAAGCUGGAGAGAGUCGGGCUGCUGUAGAUUUGUAAAAUGGCGGGGUGUGUGUGAGUGUGAGAGAGAGAGAGAGAGAGAGAGAGAGAGGAGUGUUUAUAGAUGAAAUGAUCAGGACAGAACGUACAUUUUGUGUUGCGGUGGCGUGUAGGCGGACUGCACCACUUUCACAACCUCUUUUCCUAUAUCUCGUCUUUUUUUGUGUUGUGUGUGGUGUUUUUUUUUUUUUUUUUUUUAAAGCCUCUCUCUCUUUCUCUUUGGUGCUACACCUCCCGGUGCGGUGCCAGCAGAUCUGUGCGAACAUUUGCGGUUGUUAUGGUGACAGGUAAAAAAGAGCCGACCGCGAGAGAGAGAUGGAAGAGCAGGCACGAGAGAGGAAGUGUAGAUAAAUAACAGGGAUGCGGCAAGCAGGGGAUAGGUUUGAAAACGGUUAAUGAGGAGAGGGAAUGAUGGAGGGAUUGUUUUAAAGGAUGUUAAGGAGUAGGGGUGUGCAGGGGAAGUCUGAUCUCUGCAAUAAUAUCCCUCCCCCUGGGAAUUCUGGUUAUGUAAUCCAGUUGUUCUCAAACUUGGUUUGUUUGUGAAGCGCCGAGAGAAGCGAACCUGGCCAGCGCCCCGCGUUUAACCACGCGUUCAUACUGCUUAUGUGAUGCUGUAAUUGACUCCCACUUAAAGGAAUAUCCACCGUCUGUCAACCUAACGUCUGUCCACGGCGUCGUCACCAUGGACGAGAAUUUCGAAAGGUUUCGCCGUACCGAGGAGAGCGCGACAGACCUCGCCGAGACUCACGACUAACGGGGCAGUAGUUUAGAAAUGUGCAACCAUACGACACGAAUUUAAAAAACCGCCGCCGUUACACUCGUACGGUAACGCUGAGCUGAGACGGACGCCAGAAAGUCCGAAGAUCCGAAGCUCUUUAAUCCAACUGUCAAACGAAUUAUCGGGGGGGUUCGACAGUAGUCCCGGUUACUUACCGUACCAUCCCAAAACGAUGGUCGGUGACGCACAAACCCCAAAUUCUUCCGAUCACCAUCAUCGGUCGUCCCAAGCCUACUCGGGGUCGCGUCGACUUCAGUCAGGCUGAUCGUUUGUGUGUCUUUUCGGGAAGGCGAACCAACUAAACAAAAAUUCUCAGGCGGGUACAAUCAAAAACCCGAACUGCACGAUCGAUCGCACUGCACGUCUCUCGAGAGAACUCGAGGGAUGUAGCGGAGGUCGAGGAACUCUCAGAGCCACAGUUCAAACACCACACUGAUCCUGCUGACAUUUCAACAUCUCGGUAUUUUAUUUUUAUUAUUUUCUCCAGUAUAUCCAGGGGCAAAACGUCUGGUUUAGGUCACGCCCACUCCGGGUAUAAAUCAGAAUGCGAAUAUUUGGAGCACUAACUAAUAUAAACUAGACGCAGGAUACUAUGGAAAGCUCACACUACUAACACUCAUAGGUGGUCUAGUAUUUGACGGAAGUAAUGUGGGUACUACUAUAUUACACCGUAUGCUCAUUAGUAGACCACAUGGUUAUAAAACAUAGACCACCCAUGGAAUAUGCGUACUACCGUACUAAAACCACAUCCAGGUAUACCAAGUCGAAUGCAAAUAUAUUCUGACAUUCCAUUCAUACUAGUAGUUUCAGUCGAAGACUCUCUCUGUUUUACAAUGUUUAUUGUGUGUUACUGACAUUUUUGUUUUUUGUCAUCUCUUAGUGUUUAUCAGUAUACGAGUUUCAUCUGUCACUUUUUAAAGUUUAUAGAUGGUUAGUGCAAUAGCUGUAUACUCUACCUGAAAAUUACUAUCUGAUUUUUUUUUUAUGAACUUUUAUGGUGGUAUAUUUUUGUAUGCUGUGUUCUUCCUUCUUUUUCCUAAAUGGUAGAUAUUUUAGCAGAACCCUAUGCAGAUUCUAAAGUAGAGUUCUCACUCAUAAUUUUGCACCUCACUGAUACUGAAAACAGUACCGACGUGAUAUUUGGAUGUGCUGACACUUUUUGUUGUCGUUGUUGUUGUUGUUUGGCUAGCUAGUCAACAGACGACUUGACCGACUAGCCGCUGCUAGACCGGCAACAUGUUCCAAAUAAAAUAACAUCAACCUUU